AUGACGCAACUCGGUGCACCAAAAAUCCCAGAGGGAGAGAGGGUUGACUUUGAUGAUAUCCAUAGGAAAAGGAUGGAAAAAGAUCUUCUGGAACUACAGACACUGAUUGAGGUCCACUUUGAGCAGAGGAAGAAAGAAGAAGAGGAAUUGAUUGGACUCAAAGCAAGAAUUGAGAGCCGGAGGGCAGAAAGAGCUGAGCAGCAGCGUGUAAGGGCUGAAAAAGAGCGGGAUAGACAGACACGGAUAGCGGAGGAGCGGCAGAGGAAAGAGGAUGAAGAGGCAAAGAAGAGAGCAGAUGAUGAGGCCAAGAAGAAGAAAGUUCUCUCCAACAUGGGAGCUCACUUUGGAGGGUUCCUAGCAAAGGCAGAGCAGAAACGGGGUAAAAGACAAACUGCAAGGGAAAUCAAAAAGAAGACACUGGCAGAAAGACGCAAGCCACUGGCAAUUGAGAGCCUGAAAGAGGAUGGCCUGAGAGAGCGAGCCAAGGAGAUGUGGGAAUGGAUCCACCAGCUGGAGUCAGAAAAGUUUGAUCUGACUGAGAAGAUGAAGAGACAGAAAUAUGAGAUCAAUGUCCUCCUGAACAGGAUCCAACACGCUCAGAAAUUCAAAAAGGGACAUGGCAAGGGAAAAGUUGGAGGACGUUGGAAGUGA